AUGCUGGAAUACAACAUCGAGCUGGUAGAGCAAGACAGAGAGGAGCAGCUGAAAGAUGGCUCCUCAGGUCUGACUACAAGAAGUCAAAAGUUCUGUGAAUCGUAUUCAUCCUGCUGCUCCAUCCUAAGUGACACAUACACUGUUCCACUGGUUCUAUCACAAAAUAGAAGAAUCAACAGGCAGAACUGUGAUUCUGAACUACCUUCCUCACUUCCUUCUGAUUGCUUCAAGUAUGUCAGCUGGUGUGACAUAGAAGAACAUGAUGUUCAAGGGAAUCUGCUUCAUUGUCCCCGAGUGAGAGAAGGGCCCUCAGAAGAAGAGCUGUUUUUCAGAGGAGAAGAACAUACCUCGAAAAAACAUACAACUGACACAGAGAAGUGGCAAAAGAAACUGCAAGAGAACUGGGAAGACUGUGCUGAGUUGAACCUUUCAUUUCAGGACCUGGGUGAUCUUUAUCAGGUGGGAAACUUCAAAAGGAUUCUCCAAAGAUUAAUCCGGGUGGAAAAACUUUUGUUGGUGGACAAUUCUUUGACAGACCUAAGUGCCAUAAGGUUGCCAAGAUGCAGAGAACUAAAUGUCAAUAAAAACCACUUUACAUCCUUCAAACAGCUGCCAAGGAUACCUCAGAUUCAGCACUUAUCACUUGCUGAAAAUAACAUUAUGACACUAAGUGGAAUAUCAGAUUUCAGACAUACUCCGCUUGAAUCCCUUAUACUCAAGAGGAAUCCCUGUGAGUUUCAAGAAAGAUACAGACAACUCGUGUUCUCCAGUUUGCCAAAUCUGAAAAUGCUGGAUGGUAUCCCAAAACUGCCAGAGGACUGUUCAUCUCCAGAUAUCAGGUUUUUUUUCAAAAUGUGUACUAUACUCUAGCACUGUAUUUUUGUAGGAUUAAAACUGUGCUAGAAACACCCCAUCUAAAAGA